AUGUCUGAAACAAUUGAUUCCAAAGAUAUUCGCGUUGUAGCUGCCAUCGACUUUGGCACGACUUAUUCGGGGUUUGCUUACGUGCACGCGAAAAAUCCUCAAGAAAUAAAAACCAAUACAGAAUGGCAGGACAAUGACGGAAGAUUUAAAACCCCAACCGUUCUACUUUAUGACGAGAACAUGGUGCUCAAGGAAUGGGGACAUCCAGCCUUGGCCGAACGACCUACCAGGAAAAAGUCGACAACUGGUGUUAGGCCGGUGGAAUUAUUCAAAUUAUACCUUGGAAGUUCGAAUCAUAAGCCUAAGCUUCCACCGGGACUUUAUUACAAGCAAGCCAUUAGUGACUAUCUUGGCAAGAUCGGCGAGAAAUUAAAAACUUCUUUAAAAGUUUCGUGGCCUCGCCUUGAAUUUUAUCGCCAAGUCCUUCUGAUAUUCACGAUCCCCGCUGAGUUUGACAGUAAUGCAAUCGGAAUCAUGCGAGAAUGUGCUCUCAAAGCUAACUUGAUAGAAGAGAGAGAUAGUCAGAAUUUGUUGUUUACCACCGAGCCGGAAGCAGCUGCGAUUCACUGUAUUAAAACAUUACCAGAACAUGAUUUGAAAACUGGAGCGUCUUUCAUGGUGGUAGACUGUGGAGGUGGGACCGUGGAUUUGACUACAAGAAAACUAUUGGCAGGUGGAAAACUCAGUGAAAUUACCGAGCGAACUGGUGAUUACUGCGGAGGUAGCUUCGUCGAUCGAGAGUUCCUAAAAUUCCUUGGAAAAAAGGUCGGAGAUUCCGCCAUUAAACUUGUAGAGGAAAAUCAUUAUGGGCAGCUUCAAUACAUGGUCCAGGAAUUUUGCCGACGUGUGAAAAUUCCGUUCACCGGAAAUCCUGAUGUUUACAAAUCCUUUGAACUGGACAUCGAAGACGUUUGUCCGGUAUUGAUGCAAUACGUAAGGGGUGAGGAAAAGGACAAGAUGGAGGAAAAUAAAUGGGUAGUGAUAAUUGAUUUCAGCGAUGUCAAGGCAAUGUUCGAUCCGGUUGUGGAUAGGAUCAUACGCCUAAUACGGAAUCAAUUGGAUUCAUGCAGUGACUGUUCGGCAAUGUUUUUGGUGGGGGGAUUUAGUGAAUCGAAAUAUUUGCAAUCAAGGAUUCACCGGGAAUUUGAUCGAGAAGUCGAAAAUAUCUCGGUGCCUACCCAUCCAAUCUCCGCAAUUGUCAAAGGGGCCGUCCAGUUUGGACUUAAACAGGGAACAAUCGUCGAUAGAAUACUAAAAUGGACUUAUGGUACCGAUGUCUGUAGGAAUUGGCUGCCUACUGACCCUGAAGAUAAAAAAAUCGAUGAUAAGAUUGUGACAUUUAGUAGGUUGGCGAAAAAAGGAACUCGAAUGACCGUGGACGAUAAAGUGUACGGCAUGUACACUCCGGGUUCCAAAUUUCAGUCAAAAAUGGGAUUAGAUUUAUAUAUCACAGAAGAGGAAGAUGCACAGUUUUGCGAUGACUCUGGUGUUACCUUGCUUGGGAAAUUUUCUAUCGAUCUUCCAUUCACCGGUGACGAAGAGCGUUCGGUUAUAUAUACUCUGCAGUUUGGCAUGGUUGAAAUUCUGGCGACUGCCAUCAACGCUAGUACGGGUCAAAGAUAUAUGACUACCUUUGACUUGGAAUUUUAA